GAAAACACAGGCCCCUCCAGCUUUCGCUCUCGCUCUGGAGCGGAAGGACCCCAACCCCCGCGCGGAGUCUCGGGCUUGCGCGCCGGGUCGAGUCUCCAGGCUGGAGGUGCAAGGGGGCCGAGGGCGGGCGCGGCCGAGCCGGGAAGCGGGUUCGUGCGUCAGCCUCACGCGCCGAGAAGGAAGCCGGCCUGAGGCCCCGAGCUGCCGGCGCGGGCGCUGUGGCACGUCCGCAGGCUCCACCGGGAGGUGGCGACCGCUGAGAGGCAGAGCAGCCGAGGGCGGGCUUGGGAGGCGGCCCGAGGGUGGGGCGCCGCCGGGGGGCGGCCCGCGCGGGUUUCAUCUGAGGGCGCACGGCAGCGCCCGAGUGCCGGGAACUCCGAGGCGCGGGGCGACGAGCGGCUAGGGCGGCUAUGGGCCGUGGCUGGGGCCUCCUGAUCGGCCUCUUGGGCGCCGUGUGGCUGCUCAGUUCGGGACACGGCGGACAACAGUCCUCCGAGACAGCGGCGCAGAGGUGCUUCUGCCAGGUUAGCGGUUACUUGGAUGAUUGUACCUGUGAUAUUGAAACCAUUGAUAGAUUUAAUAACUACAGGCUUUUCCCAAGACUACAAAAACUUCUUGAAAGUGACUACUUUAGAUAUUAUAAGGUAAACCUGAAGAGGCCAUGUCCUUUCUGGAAUGAUAUCAGCCAGUGUGGAAGAAGGGAUUGUGCUGUCAAACCUUGUCAAUCUGAUGAAGUUCCUGAUGGAAUUAAGUCUGCGAGCUACAAGUAUUCUGAAGAAGCCAAUAAUCUCCUUGAAGAAUGUGAACAAGCUGAACGACUUGGAGCAGUGGAUGAAUCUCUGAGUGAGGAGACACAGAAGGCUGUUCUUCAGUGGACCAAACAUGAUGAUUCUUCAGACAACUUCUGUGAAGCUGAUGACAUUCAGUCGCCUGAUGCUGAAUAUGUAGAUUUGCUCCUUAAUCCUGAGCGCUACACGGGUUACAAGGGACCAGAUGCUUGGAAGAUAUGGAAUGUCAUCUAUGAAGAAAACUGUUUUAAGCCACAGACAAUUAAAAGACCUUUAAAUCCUUUGGCUUCUGGUCAAGGGAAAAGUAAAGAGAACACUUUUUACAGCUGGCUAGAAGGACUCUGUGUAGAAAAAAGAGCAUUCUACAGACUCAUAUCCGGCCUACAUGCAAGCAUUAAUGUGCAUUUGAGUGCAAGAUAUCUUUUACAGGAUACCUGGUUGGAAAAGAAAUGGGGACACAACAUUACAGAAUUUCAACAGCGAUUUGAUGGAAUUUUAACUGAAGGAGAAGGCCCAAGAAGGCUUAAGAACUUGUAUUUUCUCUACUUAAUAGAAUUAAGGGCUUUAUCGAAAGUGUUACCAUUUUUUGAGCGCCCAGAUUUUCAACUCUUCACCGGAAAUAAAAUUCAGGAUGCGGAAAACAAAAUGUUACUUCUGGAAAUACUUCAUGAAAUCAAGUCAUUUCCUUUGCAUUUUGAUGAGAAUUCAUUUUUUGCUGGAGAUAAAAAAGAAGCACAUAAACUAAAGGAGGACUUUCGACUGCAUUUUAGAAAUAUUUCAAGAAUCAUGGAUUGUGUUGGUUGUUUUAAAUGUCGACUGUGGGGAAAGCUUCAGACUCAGGGUUUGGGCACUGCUCUGAAGAUCUUGUUUUCCGAGAAACUGAUAGCAAAUAUGCCAGAAAGUGGACCCAGUUAUGAAUUCCAUCUAACCAGACAAGAAAUAGUAUCAUUAUUUAAUGCAUUUGGAAGGAUAUCUACAAGUGUGAAAGAAUUAGAAAACUUCAGGAACUUGUUACAAAAUAUUCACUAAAGAAAACGACUUGAAAUGUGCCUGUUUCUGGACAAUGGAGGCCAAAGAGUGGAAUUUCAUUCAAAGGCAUAAUAGCAAUGACAGUCUUAAGCCAAACAUUUUAUAUAAAGUUGCUUUUGUAAAAGGAGAAUUAUAUUGUUUUAAGUAAACAAAAUUUUUAAAUUGUGCUAAGUCUAUGUAUAAUACUAUUGUGAGUAAAAGUAAUACUUUAAUAAUAUGGUACAAAUUUUAAAGUUUAAUACUGAAUAAAAGCAGGAUUAUCAAAUUCAUAUAUGAUAAAACUAAGUGAGUGAUGUUUUAAAGUCUCUCAAACUAGACUUUUGUGUAAGAUGUAAUAUAAAUAAAACUAUGGCAAAUGUGACAAGCAUUUAAUAGGAAAAUGCUAAGGAGGCUCAUGAAUGAUCCAUAAUUAACAACCUAGAAUUUUUCAAUACACUUAGGGUUGCUAAAUUUAGUAAAUAAGGAAUGCCCAGUUAUAUUUGAAUUUCAGACAACUCGUUUCUUAAUUUAAGUAUGUUGCAUGCAAUAUUUGGGACAUACUUAUAUGGAAAAAUUAUUCAUUAUUUUUUUGAAAUUCAAUUUUAACUGGGAGUCUUGUGUUUUAUUUGUCAACCUGAAAAUACAUUGAUAUGAAACAAGUCACUUUUAAAAUUAUAUUGCUAUUUUGAUUGGGUUGUUUUGUGUGUAGAAAGGUACAAUUACAACUCAAAGGCAUAGGGGAUUUCUAAACAUUGUGAAAAGUUGAAUAGAUUAUAUAUUUAUUCUCAUAAUACUUUCCCUAAUACUGAAUGAAAUUUUGGGGAACCUUUUUAUUUUUAUAUAAUUUCAAAUUCACAGAAAAGUUUCAAAAGUAGUAUAAAGAACUCUUUUACCCAGGUUCACCAAUUGUUCAUAUUUGUUUAUCUUUUAUGCUCUAUGUAUAUGUACAAAUACUGUUUUUUUCCUCAGUCAUUUGAAAGUCAGUUACAAGCAUCAUGCCCUUUUGACCCUAAAUACUUCAGUGUGUAAUACUGAAUAAUUUCUAAAAAUUAUUUCUCAGGAAAAAACUCCCACAAAUCUGGAACUGUAAUACUAUAAGCCUUAGAAUAAGGAAUCAUUUCAAGUUCCAAUCUGAAGUUGUUUUCAGUUUUGUUGCCCUUUUUAUGCUUGAUCUGAUAGUCACAGGGCAAGCAAUUUAUUUUUUAAUUUUUUAAUUAGAACAAUUUUUUUAGAGACAGGGGUCUUGCUAUUUUACCCAGACUGGACUUGAACUCCUGGCCUCAAUCCUCCUGCCUGAGCCGUCUGAGUAGCUGGGACUAGAGGUGCAUGCCACCAUGCCUGGCUUAAAUUUAGUUUUUUAUACAUGAAGUUCAUUUCCUUUGCCUCCCUAAAACUGAACUAUAAUUUUAGGAGGUUUUCGUUAGUGUCAGCUCUUCAAUGAUAAAAAUAUUUGAAGGGUUAGGAAUUUAUGUCACAUAAUUGUAGGGGAAAAGAAAUUGUAUACCUCAAAAUUAUGUGCCCUCUUUAUAUAUGUCUUAGGUAUAACAUGUUGAGAUACCCCAUUAUUAGUAAAGCAGGGUUUAUUUAUAUAAUGGUUUAGAAAUGUCACUUUACACUGCUGUAUACUUUUUCUUCUCUGUGUCCCUAAGGCUUGGUACAGUGCCAAGCACAUAGUUAGUAUCCAAUAAAUAUUUGUUGAAUGAAUGUAUGCAUAACUAUUCAGUAUAUUUUAAAUGAAUAAUCACAGAACUAAGUUUAAUGUGUCCUAUUUUCCUUCCCCCCCUCAUUUUCUCUGAAUAGGGCAGGAAAAGAAAGCCAUUAACCCAUUAACUAAGUAAAUCCUCUUGGAGACUAUGAAGUACUAUGAAGUAAUCACUAUAUGUAAAGGUUUAAGGAUAUUUGUAGUAUUCUGAAAAUAUGGUAGAUGGUUUAAAUGGUAAUUUUGUGUGUAUACCUAACUCUCAUCUUAGGCUGUCUCUCCUCCCUUUUUUAAAUAAUCAAUAGUUUUGAAAGAAUAUCCCCACCUUCACUUUGUUACCUUCCACUUGCUCCUUAACAAAUCUGGCAUUUGGCAUUGUAGUUCUUAACAAGCCUUUCCUGUAAAGUCUAAAAUCUUAAAUCUAAAUCCACAGUUCAGUUCAUAAGCCAUUUCUGACUUGAAUUUUUUCUGCAUUUGACACUGUUGACAAGCCUUUCUAAAAAUCUUUAUUCUCCUGGGUUCCUUACAUUUUGCUUACUCCUGAACCCCCCUUUUUGGCCUCUUCACUUAUUCCUUAAAGUUAUUCCACAGGCAUUCAUUCUUGCUCUCUUGAUCACUACACCACUUCUCACUUUGGGUAUUUCCAGUUCAAUGAUUCCUAAAUCUUGUCUUCAGCCCAAACUUCUAAAUCCGUCUGCCUGUUGCACUUGGUUGUCCCACAGACACCUGUGUGUGUCUUAGCAGUCAUUCUCCCACAAACUUACUCUACUUCCUGUGUUCCUUACUUUAAUUUCCAGAACCAUCAUUUUGUAAGUUUUCUAGGCUCAUUCCUCUCCUCUAUCUUUGUCCUAUCAAGUUCUACUGAUUUUAUCUCCACCUCUGAUACAUCACUCUUUCCAUUUUCAUUGCUAUUACCUGAAGUACUACACUAACCUGUCUCCUUAUACCCAGUUUAUCUCCUCUCUUGCUCUACAAUGUUACCAGAGUAGGCUUUUAGACAUACUCUGAUGAUGUUACUGUAGUGAUUUCAUGAACCUUCAGGAGAAAGCCAAACUCCUUUGCUCGGUGUACAAAGUUUUCUGGCAUUUUUCCCUCACCCAAUGUCUGAUAAAAACAGACUUAAAAUUCUUCAAAUGCCCUAUAGGGCUAGCCUCCACACCUUGGUAAAUGCUGUACGCUGCACUGAGUGCCCUAGCCAUCCUUCCCCAUCUGGAAAAUUCUUACACAUCCUUGCAGGUCCAACAUAAGCAUCUCCUCUGUGAAAUCUCCCUUGCUCCAUUUGAGGAGAGUUGUCUCACUCCCUCUUUUGUGUCACCACUGUAAUUACAACCUACCUCUAUUGUAUGUCACUUAUUGUACUGUAUUGUUUUUAACUUUUAAAGUCUCCUUUACUAGAAUGUGAGCUCCUUAAGGGCAGGAAAAGGAACUUCCUUUAUUUUUGCAUCUCCAUAGUAUAGUUUUUGGCAUAUGAACAUUUAAUAAAUGUUUGUUGAAUAAAUUGCUUUUAAAGUGA